AUGCACAAUGGUGUAAGAGAAACACUUUGCGAAAUUCGUUCAGAACAUUGGAUUGCGAAGGGAAGACAAUUUGUCAAGAAGAUUAUUGCAAAAUGUACUACGUGCAAGAGAUACGAAGGAGGAACUUAUCAAAUACCACCUCAACCAUCAUUACCAGAUUUUCGAGUUUCUGACGAUUUUGCCUUCACGCGAAUCGGUGUGAACUUCGCGGGUCCCGUUUAUGCCAAACCAAUCUUCUCAAAAGGUACGAAAUCACCUGUUUUUAAGACGUAUAUCUGUCUAUUUACGUGUGCCUCGUCACGAGCAUUACAUCUCGAAUUGGUUCCAGAUCUAUCUACAAAGGCAUUUAUUCGCUGUUUACAGAGAUUCAUGUCCAGAAGAGGUAUCCCAAAAAUGUUUAUAUUUCUAUGAAGAAAUUAUUAGAACAUUUCUGGAAAAGAUGGAGUCGCGAGUAUUUGUUAGAGCUUAGAGAACAUCAUCGUGUCAAAGGAGUCAGAAGAAGUGCGAAGGCGAAUCCCAAGGAAGGAGAUAUAGUUUGCGUGUACGAAGAGAAAACUCCAAGGAAUCUAUGGAGAUUGGGAAAGGUCGAAAAACUUUUCAAAGGAAACGAUGGUCAGGUUAGAGCAGUUGCACUCCGAAUAUGGAACAAAGGAAAAGAAACAACGUUGCAGCGACCUGUUCAGAAAGUAUAUCCAGUCGAGGGAUCUCGCAUUGACGAAACUACAAGUGUUCCAGUAAGAAGGUCAGAACGAGUUGCAGCUAUCGAAGCCAGGAAGCAGCAGAGCAAACGUGGACGAUAAGUACUUGUUUGUUAUCGCAGAUACAUUAUACUGUGAUCAUUGUUAACAUUAUUAACUGACAUGCGUCAUUUAAUCGGGGGGAGUGUGUAUGAAAUUAUACGUUAUAGUUACCCGGGGAUUUAGCUCCGGGGUCUUUUGCACGGGGUCUUUUAUAGCGAGCACAUGGAAAUUUAGUUGUUGUUCUGUUUUUGUACAAUUAUAGUUUUUAUUUUAAUCUUUAACGAGUUUAGUUCAAUAAUAUACGGAUUUUCCGUACACCUUUCGCCUCGCAUCGGCUAUUUUGGGAACUUUCAGUCCUACAGUGAUUUACAGUAAAUUUUACCGGCCUUUCGCUUCUCACCGGCUGACAAUUUUUAAUGGGA